AUGGGUUGGUUCUGGGCUGAUACUGCAACCGUCCACACUCCGUCUGCCUCCCCUCCGGCGCAAAAGCCAUCUUGCCCAGUGGCACACCAACAGCGUGGAGAUGCAGCACCACCGCCGAGCUGUCCCAUGCACAACAAGACGGUCGACGUCCUAGGCUCCGCAGCACCGUCUCCUCCAAGCCCUCCGCCGUCAUCAUGCCCCGUCCCACACAACCAAGCCCCGACCGGCAAGUCCGAUGAGGCCUCGUUCCUCUCCAAGAUCAACCCUCUCAACUACAUGUUCCGCGAGCUGUCCCAGGCACCCGCACCCAACCAGACACACGCGCUCCCAGUCGAGCGAGACCCGAGCUCCAUCCCCAAGGGCACCGGCGACGGCAACUGGGAGUACCCGUCCCCCCAGCAGAUGUACAAUGCUCUGCUGCGUAAGGGAUACACGGACACCGACGUCACGGCUGUGGAGAGCAUGGUCGCCGUCCACAACUUCCUGAACGAGGGCGCCUGGGCCGAGGUCGUCGAGUGGGAGAAGCGCUUCGGCGGGGGCUUCUCGCGGGCCUGGGAGAUAUGCCGGCGCGGCGAGGAGAACGCCGAGGAGACGCGCCGCGUCCUCGACUGGAAGGCCAACGCUGAGCCCAUAAACCCCACCCUGAUCCGCUUCCAGGGUCGCCCCAAGGACAUGACCCCGAAGGCCGCAAUGUUCCAGGUCGCUGGCUGGUUGUACCCAGCCAAGUUCGGCACCGAGCCCCCGUUCGACCGCCACGACUGGUACGUCGCCCGAAACGUGGACGGAAAGGAGAAGCAGGUGCGCUACGUUAUCGACUACUACAGCGGUCCUCCAGAGCCGACCGGCGAGCCCGUCUUCUUCCUCGACGUCCGGCCCGCCCUUACUCCUACAGGCGCCGUUGAGCGGAUGAUGAGAUGGGGCGGCGACGUCUGGUGGAAGGCCUCGGGAGGGGUGGUACGCGAGGCCAACCAGAGGUCUCAACAGUGA